ACUGCAACCCUUACGGAGCGUGGCGCUCAUUACCACAUACAACCCGAGACUGGGGCCUUCUCUGGGCUGAAAUUUGGGGUGUGUGUGUGUGUGUGUGUGUGUGUGUAUGGGGGGCAUCUGAACGCCUGUAACCAGCUGUGCGUGGGUGGAAGAGCCUGGGCUGCAACCAGCAACCUCAGACUAGGGAGAGGCCGCAGCGGCCCGGUCGGCUGCAGCCACCUCCUGCCCAGCUGCGACUCCGCCCGCGCGUGGCGGCGGCACCGGGAAGGCCAGGCAGAGGCAACACCACACGGGCGGGCUUGUUGCCGGGCCGCUUGGAACGCUGGGCCGGGGCGUUCGGGUUCCGGUGUCACCAUGGCGACCGGACGCGGCUGGAUCCUGCAGCAGCACGGCCUGGGGCUGGCGUGGGCAGCGGCUGCUCCCCAGCGCCUGGCGCCGCCCGCCCUCCCCAGCCGGAGCUUCCUGUCCUCCGCGGCUCCUCCUCCGGGCCCGGACCGCGGCAGCUUCGCCCUCAGUAAGAGGUCAGGAAUCUUCACUGCCAUGUCUGCGAAACUAUCUGAAACCCAAAAUAUUUGCAUUCAAAGGCAUUAUCAGAAGACUUCUAUGAAAUCAAAAUCUUGCCCAUGCAUUGAGAGUAUGCCAUCAGAGAUACUCCUGAAGAUAUUUUCUUAUUUGGAUGCUGUAUCCCUGUUGUGUAUCGGUUGUGUGAAUAAACGCUUCUAUCAUCUGGCCAGUGACAAUGUGAUCUGGUUCAAAAUUUACUCCAGUUUUUUUCCACCUAAAAGAACAAAUUGGAAAACUAACUCUGUUGAAAAAACAGCUGUCUUACUAAGCCAUGCUAUGAUUCAGGACAGAGAAUUGGGAUAUUGGAAGAACGAAUAUAUCAUGAAACAAAUAGCAGCUGGCAAAACUAGAAUAAUUCAGCUUCUGAAACCUAGAAACCCUUACACUGGCCUUCCACUUAAAACCAAAGAGGCUAUCAAAACAUGUGAUUUGAAUUGGGUGAUUGUACUGAAGGACAGAAAUGGAAAGGAACAUGUAAUGGAGCAGGUGGACAUCUCUUUUAAUGACACAUCUGUUACUGUAUUUUGGUAUGGUACAAACUGGCCAUGUUUAGACACCUUGUCAACUCUGGAAUUAUGUGGAGUGACACCAUUGCUUCUUGACCAAUGUAAAGUUCCCCCCAAGAAUGGACCACGGCGACGUUCCUUAAUUGCUGAGUUCAACCUUACUAACCUCACUAAAGUGACAACAAUGAUUGGUUCUGACAUGCUUGUGCAACUUUUCCAUCUGAACCCAGGACUCCUGGUGGGUCUCUGGAAGAAAGGAAAUGGAAUUGCUUUUGUUACGGCAAGUCUUCAUCAUCAUCAACUUAUUGAGAGAAGCACUUUGGGCUCUGCCACUAUACAAUAUAUCCUGCCCCCUCAUAAACCUCUACUGGAUGAUGUUGACCCAGAAUAUGGACUGCAUGGCUACCAACUACAUAUUGAUAUGCACAGCGGAGGACAUACUUACAUGUGUGGUACAUUUCGCAAUCUAUUCUGCAGAAAAGAUUACAUUCAAAAUGGAUACUUGAGGCUCACAGUUAUAAGUUUAAAAAAUAAUUCACAACAUUUACCUCUUGCUGGGAAAGUUGGCUUCUUCUGGAGAACUGAUGUGUUUAAAGGCAGCGUACAGAACUGUUACAUGAUGGAUGUGACCCUCUUGGAUGAAACAGAAAAACCCUUCUGGUGUUUCAGUGCCCCAGUCUACAUGAAACUUUCUUCCAAGGCAUCCUGCCUUUAUGACUAUAUGGGCCAAAACUAUGACUUAAACUAUGUGGAUUCAGAGGGGAAAGUCCACAUUGAGCUGGUUUGGGUAGAAGAAACCAAGGAAUACUAUAUAGUCAAUCUGGUUCUUUAUCUAAGCACUGAAAAAGUUAACCGCUGGUUUGGAACAAAAUACUGAUUCUAAUAAUUUGAGCAGCUACUUUCCCUGCUGGUAAUUAGUUGAUUUUUUGUGGGAAGGAGGUGGGGAUUAAGGUUGAAAUGAACCCCACAAUCCAGGUGCUACAAGUUGUUUUGUGCUUUAUUUACUGAAAACUAGGAAGUGUAGUCACUUCUUUAUUUUUAUUAUUGUUUUCACUUUUGUUAUUGGGGAGGGAAGUUUAAACAUAAAAAGUAAUGGCUUUCCUGUGAAGCACUGUGAUGUAUGCUACUCUCUGUUGCAAGUACUGGGCAUGAUCAGGGUAAAAAGAUCAGUGUCACUCGAUACAGUAUUAUCUGGCACAGUCAGAUAUGUAAUGCUGCUUCUGAAACAGAUACUGUAAAUAUGACUGUGUUCUCUCUCCAUAUUUGUAUGUUCUACACUGUUUCUAAGAUCUUAAAAACCACCUUGAAAAACUCAACUCUAUGAAGUCUGAAGGAACAAAACAAUGCCAGAGUGUUGUUGAGUGAGCCUCUGUGCUACUCUCCUUUAGAUAAUUAUGAGAAACUAUUGCUAAAUGACCAAAUUUAUGCAGAGGAGGUAUUUUUAAUCGUAAUUUAUCAUUUAAAAUUCACUGUGGUAGGGGCUUUAAGGAUUUAGAUUGAAAGACACAGGGAUGACCAAUGUGGGGAAGAAGGCUUUUGCCAAGGGAAAGACUUCUAUAGACCCUUUUCUUAAAAGUUGACUGCUAAACUGCUGUUGGGUCAGAGGAAAAAAUGCAGUUGUUUUAAUUUGGUUGCAUGUAUUGUGUUCCAUGUCUGAAAGCACUGAAGCCCUUAGGUAGGAACUGAAAGUGAUUUAUGUUGGCCCCUAAAUAAGGGGUCUGAUCUUGUUUUCCCCAGAGGAGCUGAGCGUCAUCAGUUCCUAGUGACAUAGUUAAGAUUCAGUUACUUAAAUAGUUGAUGGGUACCUAAAAUACUGCUUUUAGUAUCUAUCUGUAGGCACUUGUUUGAAAAUUUUGUUUUGUAUGUUUAAUGUUUCAAGCUACUUGGUUGUACCUUGUGGAGUCCAAUCCUGUACGCCUUACUUGAAAUCCAUUGGGAGUUUUGCCUGAGGGAGAUAUGUGGCAUUGGCACAAUUGUGUCUUUUUAGUAAUGUUGAUAAUGUUCCUGUAUAGUUUGUUACAAAUAGAUACAUUUUGUUUUGUUUCCAAGUACUUCCUAUUACAGAUGAGGUUGUCCGACCAUAAUUACUUAUUUGUUGUCUUCUGUGACUUGUUUUUAACUGUGGCAAAAGUGAUUUGCUUUAAUAUGUGUUUAUUUGCCUCCUGUCUCUAUAGUCACUUGCAUAUAUGAGCCAGAUAUUUAAACAAUUGCUGAGUUUAAGUAUUUGUCCUUUGCAUUACAGAUAUAGUGAUUCUUUUUGUUACUUUGAUUUUUAAAUUUGUUUACUGUUUUCUUUGAAUUCAAAGAUAUUAAGUAAAGAAAAUAGAAAAGGUGGGUUGGUUCAGCAAUAUGUUUACAGUUUAACGUCUGCGUAACCUCGCCUAAUCAAGAAACAAAAUGUCUGUGCCUUUUUAAUGGCCAAUCAACAUUACUUCUGCUUCUCUGCUUCAGACCAGCCAUAUUCUUAUUCUCCUUCCCCCUCCCCAUCCCACUCCCCUGCCGUUGCCUUUCCUGGCUAUUUUAUAAUGAUGGGUAGGGCAUGCGCAACGGUGUGCAAGCAGGAACAUAGGACUCCCCAAUAAUCAUCUCUGCCACUGUCUGCAGCUUCUGCCCUGACCCCCGCCCUGGGAUUCCCUCCCCCAAGCUCCUCCUCCCCCAUUUCUGCCGGGGGUGGGAGUCGGGCUGAGCUCGGCUGAAGAGAUGUGCCUGGGAAAGGCACUCCAGCUAGCGCUCCUGCUGAGCCCUACUCAAUGGCACCCAGAGCAGGGAAGCUGGGCCUGUGAGAGGGGGCCUUGGAAGCCUGCUGAGCCCCGUCCCUUCCUCGCCUGCAGCCUCCAGUAAGUAUUUGAAGCCUGGGACAAUGGCGUGAGGGAGGCAGCAGGGCACAGGGGAAUAGGUGGAGAACCUGGGGAAGCAGCAGGGCCUGGAGGCAUUGGGUGGGGGGCUAAUGUUUAAAGUGCCCCCCCAAGUAGUCACAUAUAAAUUCCUGCGCAUGCCCUUGAAAACAGGGAACUCCUAGGGCUGCCAACUUUCUAAUCACACACAACCGAACAUGCUUGCCCUGCCCCUUCUCCAAGGCCCGACCUGCUCACCUCCUCCCCCCUCCCUCCAUCACUCCUUCCCCCUCACUCAUUUGCACUGGGCUGGGGAGGGUCCUGUAACCCUAUUAAUUUAGCAUGUUCAAGAAGAUCACUGAUAACUGGAGCUGAAUGGAGGACAACAAUUCCAUUCUAUGGCAACUCUUGAGAUUUUGACCUUUGUUUUUGUUCUGCAUUGGAAUAACAAAAGCUUUCAAAUGUUUUCUCAAAAACAGAAUUAUGUCCAAGUGUCUGUCUGUGGUUUUUUUUAUCAAGCCUGAGCUUUUUGAUUGGGGAAGGUAGAGAGGAGGUGUGUGUAUUACAGGUGUAGCCAUAACCUGGUGGUUAGGGGGCUGGGUCUAGGAGGCUGAGGCACAAGUCCCUGCUCUUCCUGAUUCACAGCAGAAUUUUCAAUCCCAGAUCACUUUAUAAUCAGGCAGAUCAGAGACUUGGACCUGGGUCUCCCAUAUUCCAGGACAGCGCCGUGAUCACCAAGCUAUAGAGCAAGACAGAGAGCAUUGGACUCUCUUUCCGCCCCCCCGCCACCCGAUAAAUAUUGUAUGUUGAAAUGGGUACAUCUUCAUAAAACAUUUCAGCUUUGAUGAAACUUCAUUUCCUUGAAAAAUAUUCCAAUCUAACACCAACGGGUUGUCUGUCUGAGGCUAAACAGUCAUUUACUUCUUCAACACAAAGAGAAGUUUCUUUAAGGUACUGUAUUAAAUUGCACUGAGAUAUAAAAAUGAAAUUAGAUUGAAAGACAUGUUUACUUCUCUGUUUUAGUUUAAAAACAAAGCAUUUGGUUUUAUAGCAUGAGGCAUCUUGGAGGAGUGGGACUUGUCAGACUAUUAUGUACCACAAAAUGGAUCUUAUCACACAGUGGGCACCUGACCAUAAGAAAUCACAAAUCUGAGGGUCCAGCCAGGAAUCUUGGUCGUAUUCUGAAUGCAUUUUCUGCAACACAGACUGCAUGAUUUGGAUUAGGAAAGGAAGUUAUCCUGAUUAAUCCAACUCUUUGCUGCUGAAAAACAUGCUUUGCAGAAACUACCUGAAGCCUGAAUCCCAAGUAAGGGGAAAAAUUCAUAGGGAGGAGUUGCAGACCAAGCUGGAUGAGCAAGCAUCUUAAACUGGUGAUUAAGAGAAAGCAGAAAGCAUUCCAGGAAUGGAAGAUGGGAUGGAUCAGCAAAGAAAGCUACUACUUGGAGGUCAGAAAGUGUAGGGAUAAAGCGAGAGCUGCCAAAAGCCAAGCAGAGUUGGAUCUUGCAAAGGAAAUUAAAACAAAUAGCAAAAGAUUUUAUAGCCAUAUAAAUAAAAAGAAAACAAGGAAAGAAGUGGGACCAUUAAGCACUGAGGAUGGGGUGGAGAUUAAAGAUAAUCUAGGCAUAGCCCAAUGCCUAAACAAAUAUUUUGCCUCAGUUUUUAAUAAGAGUGGCCGGGUGGCUAAUGGGAACAACGAUAUGAAAGUAGAAAUUACCACAUCUGAGGCGGAAGUCAAAAUCAAACAUCUUAAUGGGAUUAUAUUGGAGGGUCUGGAUAAUCUCCAUCUGAGAAUAUUAAAGGGACUGGCACAUGAGAUUGCAAAACCAAUAGCAAGGAUUUUUAAUGAAUCUGUAAUUAAACUUGGGGAUCAUACCUAUGAUUGGAAAAUUGAUAAUAUAGUUCCUAUUUUUAAGAAAGGGGGAAAGAGUGAUCCGGGAAAUUAUAGGCCUGUUAGUUUGACCUCAAUUAUAUGGAAGGUCUUGGAACAAAUUUGGAAAGAGAACUAGUUAAAGACACAGAGGUGAAUGGUAGCUGGGAUAAAAUACAACAUGGUUUUGCAAAAGGUAGAUCAUGCCAGAUCAACCUGAUCUUCUUUGAGAAGAUAACUGAUUUUUUAGACAAAGAAAUCUACCUGGAUUUCAGUAAGGCAUUUGAUACAGUUCCAUAUGGGAAAUUAUUAGUUAAAUUGGAGAAGAUGGGGAUUAAUAUGAGAAUUGAAAGGUGGAUAAGGAACUGGUUAAAGGGGAGACUACAACAGGUCAUGCUGAAAGUUGAACUGUCAGGCUGGAGGGAGGUUACUAGUGCAGUUCCUCAGGGAUAGGUCUUGGGACCAAUCUUAUUUAACAUUUUUAUCACUGACAUUGGCACAAAAAGUGAGUGUGUGCUAAUAACAUUUGCGGUUAACACAAAGUUGGGAGGUAUUGCGAAUACGGAGGAGGACCAGAAUAUCAUACAAGAAGAACUGGAUGAUCUUGAAAACUGGAGUAAUAGAAAUAGGAUGAAAUUUAAUAGUGCAAAGUGUAACGUUAUGCACCCAAGGACUAACAGCAAGAAUUUUUGCUAUAAGCUGGGGACUUAUCAGUUGGAUGUGACAGAAGAGGAUAAAUACAUGGGUGUAUUGGUUGAUCACAGGAUGACUAUGAACCACCAAUGUGAUGCAGCCAUGAAAGAGGCUAAUGCAGUCCUAGGAUGCAUCAGGCUAGGUACUUCCAGUAGAGACAGGGAAGUGUUAGUACCAUUAUACAAGACACUGGUGAGACCUUGUCUGGAAUACUGUGUGCAAUUCUGGUCUCCCAUGUUUAAGAAAGAUGAAUUCAAACUAGAAAAUGUGCAGAGAAGGGCUAUUAGGAUGAUCUGAGGAAUGGAAAACCUACCUUAUGGGAGGAGAGUCGAAGAGCUUGGCUGGUUUAACCUAACCAAAUGAAGGGUGAAUAUGAUUGCUCUUUAUAAAUAUGUCAGCGGGAUAAAUACCAGGAAGGGAGAGGAGUUAUUUAAGUGCCAAUGUGGACACAAGAACAAAUAGAUAUAAACUGGCCAUCAAUAAGUUUAGGCUUGAAAUUAGAUGAAGGUUUCUAACCAUCAGAAGAGUGAAGUUCUGGAACACCCUUCCAAGGUGAACAGUGAGGCAAAAACCUAACUGGCUUCAAGUUGAGCUUGAUAAAUGUAUGGAGGUCAUGAGAGUGCUUACAAUGGCAGGUAGCUGAUCUGUGACUGCUAGCAGCAAAUAUCACCAGCAAGAAUCCCAGUGAUAGGACACUAGAUGGGGAGGGCUCUGAGUUACUACAGAGAAUUCUUUCCCAGGUGUCUGGCUGGUGGGUCUUGCCAUAUCCUAGAAUUUCAGGGUUGGAAGGGACCUCAGGAGGUCAUCCCAGCCAGGGCUUUGUCAAGCCUGACCUUAAAAACCUCUAAGGAAGGAGAUUCCACCACCUCCCUAGGUAACACAUUCCAGUGCUUCAUCACCCUCCUAGGGAAAAAGGUUUUCCUAAUAUCCAGCCUAAACCUCAUCCACUGCAACUUGAGACCAUUACUCCUUGUUCUGUCAUCUGCUACCACUGAGAACAGUCUAGAUCCAUCCUCUUUGGAACCCCCUUUCAGGUAGUUGAAAGCAGCUAUCAAAUCCCCCCUCAUUCUUCUCUUCUGCAGACUAAACAAUCCCAGUUCCCUCAGCCUCUCCUCAUAAGUCAUGUGUUCCAGUCCCCUAAUCAAUUUUGUUGCCCUCCGCUGGACGCCGCUGGACGCUUUCCAAUUUUUCCACAUCCUUCUUGUAGUGUGGGGCCCAAAACUGGACACAGUACUCCAGAUGAGGCCUCACCAAUGUCGAAUAGAGGGGAACGAUCAUGUCCCUUGAUCUGCUGGCAAUGCCCCUACUUAUACAGCCCCAAAUGCCAUUAGCCUUCUUGGCAACAAGGGCACACUGUUGACUUAUACCCAGCUUCUUGUCCAUUGUAACCCCUAGGUCCUUUUCUGCAGAACCGUUGCCUAGCCAUUUGGUCUCUAGUCUGUACAAUGCAUGGGAUUCUUCCAUCCUAAGUGCAGGACUCUACACUUGUCUUUGUUGAACCUCAUCAGAUUUCUUUUGGCCCAAUCCUCUAAUUUGUCUAGGGCCCUCUGUAUCCUAUCCCUACCCUCCAGCGUAUCUACCGCUCCUUAUGCUUAGGAUCUAACUGAUUGCCAUAUUUGGGGUUGGGAAGGAAUUUUCCCCCAGGACAGAUUGGUAGAGACCCUGGGCUUUUUUUGCCGUUUUUUACAGCAUGGGGGUCACUUGCAGGUUUAAACUAGUGUAAAAGGUGGAUUCUCUGUAACUUGAAGUCUUUAAAUCAUGAUUUAAGGACUUCAGUUAUUCAGCCAAAGGCUGUGGGUCUAUUACAGGAGUGGGUGGGUGAGGUUCUGUAGCCUGCAAUGUGCAGAAGGUCAGACUAGAUGAUCAUGGUGGUCCCUUCGGGCCUUAAAGUCUGUGAGUCUACAUAACUCCUGGAGGCAAAAAAGCAAGUUUGCCAAUAGUAGGUUAAAUGACCGUUUCAAAGCAUGAGUUUAAUAUCCUCAUUGGUAGUGUUUUUGACUUAAAAACAAAAUAGAAGCCUUCAUUUUUAGCAAACUGUGUGGUGUGGAAGGUGCUGGAAUGACAGACCCUGAAGUGCGCUAUGCACAGACAAGUGCUGCAUGGGCAGCAGCAGCUUAAACUGCUUUACCAGUGUGUCUCAUGUCUGUAUUUGAAGGACCACCUUUAGCGGAGAAAGGAUAGUUCAGCUUCCAUAUCCUUUCAGCCUUGGGCCUCAUUUCACUAGGGUGCAGAUUAGGUCAGGUUGCAUUGACAACUUUGUGAUGUGAACACACUUGUCCUCUGAGACCUGGCGUGAAACCACCAAACUCAUUUUACACUGGCCACCAAACAGCCAGUGGAUGGUUACAACCUUCUACCAGUACUGACUUGAAAUGAAUUUGUUGUAUUAAUAUUUUAUAUUUCCAGUGUAAAACACAUGAGAACUUUUAUUCAUUUAAAUGUCUUUUCAACUAAAAAUGCUAAAUUAUGCAAAGGAAACAGUGUAACAAACACAAUGUAACAGCAUAAUAAAAACUGGUCAAGAAAAUAUACUUGCUGUAGUCUUUAAAAACUGAUAGAAAUCUAAUGAUCUGCCAUUUGUUUUAUUAAGGGAGCCCAUGGGGAAAGGGAUAACAAGUCUUUAAUAACCUUAUCAUUUAUCAACUUGCACACAGUGAAAGUGGAUAACAGUUAAACUGGGAACACUUCUAUUACAGAUUAACUCUCAUUAGCUACUUGGUCUCUACAAAUGUUGAAUCCCAAAAGAAACUACUUUCCAUUCCAAUUUUGUUCAAAACUCUUCCAGGGCAUGACAAGUUCACUUACCCACAGCAAAGUUGGGAACAGAAUUAACCCUAAACUAACUGACUUUUAAUUUUAAAAAUUAUGUUCCUAGCUGUUAGGGUUGUGAAGAUGUUUGGAAUAAUGUAAAUCAAUGCAGUCCUGCUGUCUUUUUGGGUCUUCAGACCAACAACUCCUGUGCAUUUCUUACUACUUAUGAGGGCUUGUCUACAUCACCUGCUGGAUUGACGGGCAGUGAUCGAUCCAGCGGGGGUCGAUUUAUCGCUUCCAGUCUAGACGCGAUAAAUCGAGCGCUCUCCCAUCGACUCUGGUACUCCACCGGAGCGAGAGGCACAGGCGGAGUCGAUGGGGGAGCAUCAGCUGUCGACUUACCACAGUGAGGGCACCACUGUAAGUAGAUCUAAGUACAUCGACUUCAGCUACGUUAUUCACGUAGCUGAAGUUGCGUAACUUAGAUCGAUUUCCCCCCCUCCCCCCCAGUGUAGACCAGGCCUGAGUUAGCAACAGAAUUAAAUUAACACACUCUGAUCAUUUCCAUUUAUGUCUCUGCUAUUCAGAACCCCGUAGAUAGCAACAAAACGGACAAGGAUCAUCUUGAUUUCACUCUGAUGGUGGAUAGAAAAGCUAUAAACAGCACCAAGGGAGAGGAGGGCGUGAUGAAAAAAGGAGGCUGGUAUGACGGACCUCGCUGGUUUGCCUCUUCACCUCAAUCAUAGAAUAUCAGGGUUGGAAGGGACCCUGGAGGUCAUCUAAUCCGACCCCUGCUCAAAGCAGGACCAGUCCCCAAUUUUUGCCCCAGAUCCCUAAAUGGCCCCCUCAAGGAUGACCUGGGUUUAGAGGGCCAAUGCGCAAACCACUGAGUUAUCUCUCCCCCAUCAAAGAAAAGGGCAGUUUGGGGAUCUUGAUUCUUAGCAGUAUGAGACAAACCCAACUUAAAGUUUACCAAGAGGUGGCUGCAUAACAGUCGUAAUAAAUAUCUCAGUCACUCCUAGAUGUGACAGCAAUACGUUGCUCGAUUUUGUGUGUCAGUUUCUAGUGAAUGGCUGAUGGCUUUACUCUGUCUGGAAACAAAGAUUGAGUUUCCAUAUGCACUCCUAUUAAUAGGCCUGUGGUUGGCCUGAUUCUCUUUACAUCUGUUUUACACUGCUGUAACUAUUGACUUCAGUGGAGUUACUCUUGAUUUAUUUGGCAGCAGAAUCAAACCCAGCUUGCAUGAACUGGAUCCUGUAAUGAUGUAUGUAUUGCCUGAUAGGCGCGUCCAUGUUUUUCAGUUCCUCAUAUGGUUGCAUAUUACUGUUUUGUAAAAGUAAAAAAUACUAUCUUGAAGCUCUAUUAAGAGCAAUGGGAUAUGAGGGAAAUAGCAUCAGCAGUUAAAAGGGGGACAAAAAUCAAAGGCCAAAAUUAUUUUGAAAUAAUACUUGCUUAUUCAGUAACCAUUCUUAUACCCUUCCAGCCUACGCAGAGUUAUAGGGGAUGGUUGGGAGAAAUCGGGCUUAGAGUCCUCUGUAUGUCUUGUCAUCUUUUAAACAACCAAAGGGAACUGAUAGGCAAAAGAAACCACGUGAGCGGAAAAGACAGCAUCCAUAAAAAUACUUACUGGACACAGAGACCAUAAAUCAGAGUAUUCCAUAAUUAUUUAUUAUGGAGUUUCUUGCACCUUCCUCUAAGGCAUCUGGUAUUGGAGUUGUGCUUUUGGCUUAGAUUAGAUGGACAACUAGUCUGAUCUGCUGUGGCAAUCUCUAUGACAUAUUAUUGCUACUAGUAAGUUAAAGCAAAUCCAAAAAUGAAGAAAACUUUUUGUUUUUAUACAUUUUCAAAGACAAACUCAUCUAAGUGAAAAAGAGAAACUGCCAGCAAUUUUAAGUGUGUAUAUUUAACUACUAUGUUUUAAAAGGGUAAUUUACCUGGUAGGCAAGCAUAAAAACAGUAGUUAUGUUUAUUUUAUUACAUGUAUAAUAGUGUUCAGUUAAUGUAAUGAGCUUAAAUUGCCUUGAAAAGAGAUCAAUGGGUACGAAAGAGUGAUUUAACCAAAAUGAUUGUAGCAAUUCAGAAAUUUGUCUUUUUUUACAGAAAGCUACAUCAAAAUGUUAACCCUGCUGUUGUCAUUGGUGGCCUACUGCAUAAAUAAAUUACUUUAUUUGUGUC